AGCUCCACUGAGGAGGAAAUGCUCCAGUGCAGCUCCAUUGUGUGGGGUGAGUGUGGACAGAGAGAGGAGCAGCUGUGGGCUGUGGAAGGGAGACAGCAAUCCCAAUCCAGUCCUGGACCAGGAGCUCUCCUGUCACUGGGAUUGAGAGGAGCCCGGGGCACCAGGCCCAGGCCUCUGCCUCAGUCCGUGGUGCUCCUCUCCCCGAGCUUCCUGCACCUUGACCAGCUUGAGCCAAUGCGGAAGAAGAUUGUGAGACCAACACAGGCUGGACGAGGAAGUGAAGAGGCCUCAAAAAGCAGAAGUGGGUCGUGGAGACUGGACCCUCUGUGAGGAGGCUUGAAAUUGUCCCCCCUCAGGAGCCUGGUAUUGCUGUGGGUGACGUCUGUGCUGUAGACAUGACCCCAGGGGACAGAAGGCCGUGGCUGCCUGUAGCUCUGCUCCUUUUGCAGGUCCCAGGCUGUUCAUCUCUGAGUGGCCCCACCUCCGUGACGGGCACCGUGGGGGGAUCCCUGAGCGUGCAGUGUCAGUACGAGGAGAAAUUCAGAGACAUUGCCAAAUACUGGUGCAAGAGCCCAUGUUUGGGGGAUAUUGUGAAGAUUGAAAAGUCAGAUAAAGAAGUGAGGAACGGCCGGGUGUCCAUCAGGAACCAUCCUGCAAACCUCACCUUUACAGUGACCUUGGAGAACCUCACAGAAGGUGAUGCAGGAACAUACCGGUGUGGGAUCGAUACAUCAUGGCUCCCAGGAUAUUUGCUCGACCUCACCUUCCGUGUUGUAGUGUCUGUGACCCCAGGUGAGCUGUGGACGCCCCUCCCCCAGCGCCAGCACCAGGGCUGCCUGAGACUGGGGCUGAUCACCCCCACCCCGGCAGGAGAGUGGUGGGGUGUGGUACAGAAGAGCAGGAUGGGAAUGGGGUUGGUGCCUCGAACACCAGGAAUAUGCAUGUGUGUGUUUGUGCAUGUGUGUGCGCGCGCACGCAUGUGUUGUGUCUGUGUAUAUGUCCGUGUGUGUCUAGGUGUCUCUGCAGGCGUUUUGUUGUCUGCACACUCACACAAGAUUAUGAACACCUCUGGUUGUCUUAGGAGCCUCUGAGUGCCCCAUCCUGACACACUCUCACGCCUAAAACUCUCCAAGGGUGGGCAAUGGGAAUGGCCCUGAGACUGGGGGCGGCUGCUUUCCUGUCCUGACAAGGGUCCUAUCCAUGCUGAAAGGGACCCGAGUCUCUUCCUGGACCGCUCUCUGUCCUCCCAAUGGGGAACGGAACUCCUAGGGCAUUUGCUCUUCUCCCUUCCUGGCUGCCCAUGACCCGGGCUCUAA